UGGGAGCGCCUCUGGUUCCUCAUCCUCACCUCAUCCUUCUUCCUCACCCUGGUCUGGUUUUACUUCUGGUGGGAAGUUCACAAUGACUACAAUGAAAUCAACUGGUUUUUAUAUAACAGAAUGGGAUAUUGGAGUGACUGGUCCAUUCCAAUACUUGUGACAACUGCUGCUGGCUUCACCUACAUUACAGUGUUACUGAUACUAGCACUAUGUCACAUAGCUGUGGGACAGCAAAUGAACCUGCACUGGCUUCACAAGAUUGGCCUGGUGACAACCUUGAUAACUACUGUGGUGACCAUGUCAUCCAUAGCACAGCUUUGGGACGACGAGUGGGACAUGGUAUUUAUUUCACUGCAAGCCACAGCCCCUUUCUUGCAUAUAGGAGCCCUGGCAGCAGUCACAGCACUGUCAUGGUUGGUAGCAGGGCAGUUUGCACGGACAGAGAAAGCCACUUCUCAGAUGCUGAUGUUCACUGCAUACCUUGCAGUUGUAGUUGCACUUUACCUCGUCCCCCUCACCAUCUCAUCCCCUUGCAUAAUGGAGAAGAAGGCUCUGGGACCAAAGCCAGUCAUCAUAGGUCACCGUGGAGCCCCAAUGUUGGCACCAGAAAACACUCUGAUGUCCUUCCAGAAGGCAGUGGAGCAGAAGAUAUAUGGAGUCCAAGCUGAUGUUGUAUUGAGCUAUGAUGGAGUGCCAUUUCUGAUGCAUGACAAGACCCUCAGGAGAACAACAAAUGUGGAAGAAGUGUUUCCAGACAGGGCCUACGAGCACUCUUCCAUGUUCAAUUGGACUGACCUGGAAAAGCUCAAUGCUGGAGAGUGGUUCCUGCGGAACGACCCUUUCUGGACAGUUGGGUCUCUCUCAAGGUCUGACUACUUGGAAGCUGCUAACCAGUCAGUCUGUAAGCUGGAAGAUAUGCUAGAGGUCAUUAAGGAUAACACAUCGCUCAUCCUGAACUUCCAGAACCUGCCAUCAGCUCAUCCCUACUACAGCAGUUACAUCAACAUCACCCUGGAAACCAUCCUGGCAUCAGGAAUUCGGCAACAGGCUGUGAUGUGGCUGCCAGACAUGGAGAGGCAGCUGGUCAGACAGAUUGCCCCAGGUUUCCAGCAGACAUCUGGCCUCAAGCUGGAUGCAGAGCGCAUGAGGGAGAAGGGCAUCAUAAAGCUCAACCUGCGGUACACCAAGGUCACGAACGAGGAUGUCAGGGACUACACCAUGGCAAACCUCAGUGUGAAUCUCUACACGGUGAACGAGCCCUGGCUGUACUCCAUCCUGUGGUGUGCUGGUGUCCAGUCGGUCACCUCCGACAGCUCCCACAUCCUUCGCAAGGUGCCUUUCCCCAUCUGGCUCAUGCCUCCAGAGGAGUACCACCUCAUCUGGAUCACGUCUGAUCUCAUUUCAUUUAUCAUAAUUGUAGGAGUUUUUAUAUUCCAGAACUAUCACAUGAUCAGGUGGCGCCUAGGAAGCAUCAGGACCUACAACCCAGAGCAGAUCAUGCUCAGUGCUGCUGUCCGACGGUCCAGCCGGGACGUCAAGAUCAUGAAGGAGAAGCUGAUCUUCUCAGAGAUCAACAACGGAGUGGAGACCACGGAUGAGCUGUCCUUCUGCUCUGAGAAUGGCUAUGCCAAUGAGAUGGUGACCCCCACAGACCAUCGGGACACCAAGCUGCGGCUGAACUGA